AUGGGCGUCAUCUACAAGAUACUGAAGCAGCAACGCAGCAUGGAUCUCAGCCUGAGCUCGGCCACCCGUUGCAAGGUGCAGGCGGCCAUCAAGCAGCGCCAGCAGCAGCGCCGCCUCGAGGAUCACCUGGUGGAUGAUCGGGAUCGGGAGAGGGAGCGGGAUCAGGAUCAGCAUCACAACCAGAAUCAGAGCCACAUCGAGAAGGAUAAGGAGGAGCUGGCCGAGCAGCAGUUGCAGCAGCUCUGCAGAUUUCUAGCCGAGAAUGCGGCGCGAAAAAAGCGUCAGCGCUUCAAGGUGCAGUACCAAUGCAAUCUGGCGGUCGAUCAGGAUAACGAGCAGGAUAACGAUCAGGAGCAGAUGCCGGAGAAGGAGCACUUUGCCGCGCCGCCGCACGAGAUGGACCUGGAGUUCAUAGAGCAGCUGCAGCAUUCCUCGUCCGGCAAAUCCCACGGAGCAGCCGGGCAGGCGCCACGUGAUAGCAUCCUGCUGAAGAUUCGCCACCAGAUCUUCGAGAGAAAGCGGCAGAGGCAGCGCCAGUUGGCGGAGCUGGUGCAGCAGCGAAUGGUGGUGUGGCGACCUUGGUAG